CCAAAUCCUCAUGUAUAAAUAUAACACACUACCCCCACUUCAAUUACACAAUCAUAUCAAAUAUAAUUUCUUCAUCAUAUAUUGCAUUACAUUACAUGUUUAUACACACAUCCAUGGCCAUAUUUUACCCUUCUAGAAACCAUGGUGUUUUUUAUUUAUUAUUUUUAUUAUUGUUGAUUUUAGUAUCUAGUAUGUGUGUUUUGGGACGACCAGCCACUUUUCAGCAAGACUUUCGUGUCACGUGGUCUGACUCCCAUAUCAAGCAAAUUGAUCAAGGCAGGACAAUCCAACUCGUCUUAGACCAAGGCUCAGGUUGCGGGUUUGCUUCCAAGGUGAAGUACAUGUUUGGUCGUGUUAGCAUGAAGAUCAAACUUGUACCUGGAGACUCUGCUGGUACAGUAACUGCAUUUUACAUGAACUCUGACACUGACUCUGUUCGUGACGAGUUGGAUUUUGAGUUCUUGGGGAACCGCACUGGACAACCUUAUACAGUUCAAACAAAUAUUUAUGCACAUGGAAAGGGUAAUAGAGAGCAAAGGGUUAACCUAUGGUUUGAUCCUUCUGCUGAUUUUCACACUUACUCAAUUUUGUGGAAUCAUCACCAUAUUGUCUUCUAUGUGGAUGAAAUUCCCAUAAGAGUGUACAAGAACAAUGAAGCAAAAGGGAUUCCAUACCCAAAAUUGCAAGCCAUGGGAGUAUUUUCAACAUUAUGGGAAGCAGAUAAUUGGGCAACAAGAGGUGGUUUAGAGAAAAUUGAUUGGAGUAAAGCACCAUUCUAUGCAUAUUACAAGGAUUUUGACAUUGAAGGAUGUGCAAUUCCAGGACCAGUUUCAUGUGCUUCUAACCCAACAAAUUGGUGGGAAGGGGCUGCAUAUCAAGCUCUUAAUGCAAUUGAAGCUAGAAGGUAUAGGUGGGUUCGUAUAAACCAUGUGAUCUAUGAUUAUUGUCAAGAUAAAUCAAGGUUCCCAGUGACCCCACCAGAGUGUUUUUCAGGCAUUUAAAUACCUAAAAUAAAAACAAAACUAUUCAUAUACACAUAUAUUCAACUCGUCGGCAAAAUUAGUGGUUCACAAUAUUCGUGCCACAUACUUUUACGUGCAUGUGAUAUUCCUUUAAAUUGUUUAUCUUGUGUUAUACAAAAUGUGUGUAUAUAUAAACCACAAAUUAGAAGGGGUAUAUAUGUAAGUUGUAUAAGUCAAAAAUCCUCUUCUGGCUUUAUCAUUCUAUAUUUUAUUUAUAAUUAAUGAGCAAUAUUAUUUCUGGUGUAAAGAAAACAUGUGGGAAUUAUUGUGAAAUA